AUGAAGGCUACCUCCCUGUUCGCAGCAGCGAGCUUGACUAGCUUGAGCUACUGUCAGCCGACCAAGCAACAAAACUCCACCAUCUACAAUCCUAUCCUGCCUGGAUUCCACCCCGACCCAAGUUGCGUCUUUGUCAAGGAGUGGGACAAUACCUUCUUCUGUGCAACUUCCACCUUCCUGGCAUUCCCUGGCAUCCCUAUCUAUGCAAGCAAGGAUCUGCAGAACUGGAAGCUCGUCAGUCAUGCUUUCAACAGACCUGAACAACUGCCAGCUUUCGGCAACAUUACUGGACAGCAAGAUGGCUGGUACGCACCGACUCUGAGAUACCACAAUCAUCGGUUUUGGAUCAUCGACUCGUGCGUGGGCUCUGACACGGGCUAUCUCAGCACUUCAGAUCCCUACAACAAUACCGCAUGGACGAACGUCACUCCUACCAGCAUUCCUGGAUAUGAUCCUGAUUUAUUCUGGGAUACUGAUGGCACCCUGUACUCAGCCUUUGCAAAGACUGUACUGAGUGAUCCUUUCACUACCGAAAUUCAUCAAGUCAACAUCAGCAUGCCUUCUGGAGACACAACCCCAGAUCGCUUCUUGUGGAACGGAACAAACGUGCAACCUCCUGAGGGGCCUCACAUGAUGAUUAAGGAUGGUUACCAUUACUUGUUGUUGGCUGAAGGCGGUACAGCUCAGGAGCACCAAGUCACAAUCGGAAGGGGUCAGUCUGCACAAGGACCGUUCGAAUCAGAUCCCAAGAACCCUAUCCUCACUGCAUACAACACGACCGAGUAUUUCCAAACCGUUGGUCAUGCCGAUCUCUUCCAGGAUACCAAUGGACAGUGGUGGGGCGUCGCGCUCUCUACUCGUUCUGGUCCAGAGUACGAGACUUGGCCGAUGGGCAGAGAGACAGUGUUGUAUCCUGCAACAUGGGAGAAGGGGCAAUGGCCUGUUCUAGGAGGUCCAGUCAGAGGUAAGAUGGAAGCUCCUCUGCCUCCAGUCAACAAGAACAUCCGUGGUCCAGGGGCUUUCGUGAGAGAUCCUGAUUACUACACUUUCUCUCCCGGCUCCUCUAUCCCCUCUCAUUUCUCCUACUGGCGCUUCCCUCAGAUUCAGAACUACGCUAUUUCUCCUACGAAUCACCGAAACACCUUGAGAUUGCUACCAUCUCGUGCAAACUUGACUGGAGAUGCUGCCUUCGUUCCUACCGAUGGUAUCACCUUUAUUGGUCGUCGACAGACCGAUACUCUUUUCACAUACAGUGUGGAUGUGGAGUACUCACCUACUGAGAUUGGAGAAGAAUCAGGUGUCACCCUAUUCCUUACGCAAAGCUACCACGUUGAUCUUGGCAUCGUUCGUCUGAACAAGACUGGCAACUACCUGCGCUUCCGCGCUGAAGGGUCUAACGCACCAAAAGAGAUUGUUGCUCCCAUCCCUCAGGAAUGGUGUGAUCAAGGCAUGCAUUUGCAGAUAAAAGCUUACAAUAUCACACACUUCUCCUUCUCUGCUGGACUCAAGGGGGGUCAAGUCAAGCAGAUUGCGAGUGUUCCUGCCACACUUGUAUCCAAUGGAUUUACUGGUUCUUUUGUCGGUGUAUAUGCAACCAAAAAUGGCAAUAUCAAGGGCAAAACCCCUUCGUACAUCAGCAAUUGGGUCUAUCAAGGUCAGGGCCAGUACAUCGGUAACGGAGAAUUCUAUCCGAGUAAUGGUCAGAAGUCAGGAGCAGGUUUAUGA